AUGACUUUCCCCAACAAAUCUACUCUUAAUGAGUGUGAGGAUUUCACUCCUGUGUGCCCCUCCUCCUAUUUUUCUUCUGCUGAGUCCAGCACUUCUUGCGGCGAGUUUUCUCCUCGGGACUCCGACACUCCUCCCACCUCCCCAGAGUCAGGGGAUGUUGACGAGGGAGUUGAUACAUUGUCCGAUGUCGGCAGUGUAGACGAGUACAUUGUGGGUAACGAGGAGGAUAUCGGUAGCAAGACAGCCGACAUUUUGGCUCAUGAAGCUAUUGUACACCCAUCUCAAACAAAGAAGUUGAACAGAAUAUGUAAGCGUGGGCUCAAGCUUCAUAAAAAUUCAGGUGACCGGUCAGUAUACCGGUCAAAAAGCAACAUUGCCAGGUUGAAGCAAGAAAGAAUGGAGAAACAAUUUAAAAAGGAUCAAGCUGAGGCUAUGAAAGAAAAUCAUGAAGCUGACGAAGCUGAGUCCAGUGCCCAGGGAGCAGCUAGAGGGAUGGCUACAGCAGAACCCCAAGCCGUUGCUAGCGCUAGCGAUGAUAGUGGGCUUGGGUUUGAUGAAGAGAAGCUGAUCUACGGGUUAGCUGACAUUGCGACGCAGAUUGUGGCAAGCCACAUUUUAUUUGAAGAGUCUGAGUUUUGA